UCGUCGUGGUUUCGUCAGCACCACGCGAACAAAAAUUUCUAUGAAAUUAGCCGGCAAACAGAUGUGAUAUUACCAGCUAAAGCAAAUAUACAUCGAUAGUUAAAUGAGAAACAUUAUCAGUUUAGUUCAUAAGUGUAGUGUAUUUAGUAAAUAUUCACCAGCUGUUUGCAGUCAUUUGAGGCGAACUCACAGCUUGCAGCACUGGGGAACAAACAAACUCCAUCGGAAAAUUAAAAUCCCUAAUCCACUUCGAGAAAUAAUCAUGGCUGAUCCAAAAAUUGAAGAAAUCCUUGCGCCCCUUCGUGCCAGCGUGAAGGAACAGGGUGACUUGGUUAGAAAGUUGAAGGAGGAGAAAGCACCUGAAAUCGACGUCAAAAAAGCUGUCGCUGAACUGAAGGCCAGAAAGAAAGUAUUGGAAGACAAAGAGUUGAGCUUGGCACCAGCAGAGGAGCUUUUCGACCGUGCUAAAAUGGAGGAUCUGAUCAAGAGACGGUUUUUCUAUGACCAAUCUUUUGCCAUUUACGGUGGCAUCACCGGCCAGUUCGACUUCGGGCCCAUGGGCUGCGCUCUGAAGAGCAACAUGAUCCAACUUUGGAGAAAGUACUUCAUUCUGCAAGAGCAAAUGUUGGAAGUUGACUGCUCUAUCCUCACCCCUGAACCAGUACUGAAAGCUUCUGGCCACGUAGAACGGUUCGCGGACCUGAUGACGAAAGACAUAAAGACUGGAGAAUGCUUCAGGUUAGACCAUUUGAUAAAAGCACAUUUGGAAAAAAUAAAAAGUGAAAAGAAUACAAAAGCAGAGCUCAAGGCAGAGAUUGAAGAUAUUUUGGUUAAACUUGAUGGAAUGACAGCUGAUGAGAUGUCAGCUCUCAUGAAGAGGUUUGAUAUGAAGUCUCCAGUCAGUGGCAAUGAAUUGACCCCUCCUAUUGAGUUUAACCUUAUGUUCAAUACCCAAAUUGGUCCUUCUGGGUUGGUAAAAGGAUUCCUGAGACCUGAAACAGCUCAAGGUAUAUUUGUCAACUUCAAGAGACUGCUUGAAUUCAACCAGGGCAGACUACCUUUUGCAGCUGCUCAAAUUGGUAACUCAUUCAGAAAUGAAAUUUCACCUCGCUCUGGUUUAUUGAGAGUAAGAGAGUUUACUAUGUGUGAAAUUGAGCACUUCUGUGAUUCCAAGGAUCAUCCCAAGUUUGAAUCAGUCAAGGACACAAAAAUGUUACUUUAUUCAGCCAACAACCAGGAACAAGGAAAAGCUGCAGAAAUUGUCACCAUUGGGGAAGCAGUGGCCAAUGGCACUGUCAAUAAUGAGACUCUAGGAUACUUCAUGGCUAGAAUACAUUUGUACCUGUUAGCAGUAGGCAUUGACCCUAAAAAGCUAAGGUUCAGGCAGCACAUGGGCAAUGAAAUGGCUCACUAUGCCUGUGACUGCUGGGAUGCUGAGUGUCUGUCAAGCUACGGCUGGAUAGAGUGUGUGGGCUGUGCUGACCGGUCUGCUUAUGAUUUGACCCAGCACACUAAAGCAACUGGCAUCAGACUGGCGGCUGAGAAAAAACUGCCAGCCCCCAAACAGAUUGAAGUUGUGGAAGCUGUUGCCAACAAGGCAGCCAUUGGCAAAGAGUUCAAAAAGGAUGCAAAAGCUAUUAAUGAUGCUCUUGCUGCUCUAGAUUCUGCUUCUCUUGACCAGUUGCAGACCAAGUUGGAGAGUGAUGGUGAAUACACACUUGCCACUAGCAAUGGAGAUUUCAAACUGACUCCCAAUUUAGUAAGUGUGAAGAAGAGCCAAAAGACAGUUCAUGUUGAAGAAAUAAUCCCAAGUGUUAUUGAACCAUCCUUUGGAAUUGGCAGGAUUCUGUAUUGUAUAUUGGAACACAGCUUCAAAAUGAGAGAAGGUGAUGAACAAAGAACAUACUUCUCCUUGCCACCCACUGUGGCUCCCAUGAAAUGUGCCGUUUUGCCUCUCAGUGGCAAUGCCGAGUUCCAGCCAUUUGUCAGGGAAUUAUCUCAAGGCCUGACCAAUGUGGAUGUCUCUCAUAAGGUGGAUGACUCCUCAGGCUCGAUUGGGCGCCGGUACGCCAGAACAGACGAGCUGGGCGUGCCAUACGCUAUUACUGUUGACUUUGACUCUGUGAAAGAGCCACACACUGUGACAUUGAGAGAGAGAGAUAGUAUGGGACAAGUAAGGUUGCCAAUAUCUGAAGUGCCUUCAGUAGUGCGAGAUCUCUCCAACAGCAAAAUAUCUUGGAAAGAUGUGGAGCAAAAAUACCCUAAGUUUGAACAGCAGGAAAAUGUGAAAGGCGCUGCGGCAUAAUGACGCACGCCCAUUCGUUGGAACAGCUGCAAGAUGAUCUUACCUACUUGUUUUUCCAGAUAUUUAUUUGAUAGCAUUUAAGCUUGAUUUUUAUAUUCUUUUUCUAUCAAUUUGUUAACAAUAAUUUGCGUAAUAAAUAGCUUGUAAAAUA